GUGGGCUACCGGCGCAUGCAGCUGCCCAACCUGCUGGAGCACGACUCCCUGGCCGAGGUGAAGCAGCAGGCGGGCGCCUGGGUGCCCCUGCUCGCCAAGCGGUGCCACGGCGACACCCAGCUCUUCCUGUGCUCGCUCUUCGCGCCCGUCUGCCUGGAGCAGCCCGUCUACCCCUGCCGCUCGCUCUGCCAGGUGGUGCGGGCCUCCUGCGCCCCCCUCAUGGAGGCCUUCGGCUUCCCCUGGCCUGACAUGCUGCACUGCGCCCGCUUCCCCCCCGACCACCAGCUCUGCAUCGCCGUGCAGUUCGGGAGCAGCCAGGCCACCCCGCCGCCAGCCUCCAGGAUCUGCCCGCAGUGCGAGACGGAGCAGAAAGCAGAGGGCAUGAUGGAGCAGAUGUGUGCUAGUGACUUCGUGCUGAAGACGCGGCUCCGGGAGCUGCAGGCGGAGGGUGGCGAGCGCCGCCUGGCGGCCGCCCCGAAGAGGAAGCUGCUGAAGCGGGGUCCCCUGCAGCGCCCCGACACCCGGCGCCUGGUGCUGCACAUGCGGAACGCGGCCGCCUGCCCCUGCCCGCAGCUGGCCGACCUGCGCCGCCCCUUCCUGGUGCUGGGCCGCAAGGCGGGCGGGCGGCUGCUGCUGGGGGCUCUGUACCGCUGGGAGCGCGGCAACCGGGAGAUGCGCUUCGCCCUCAAGUUCAUGUUCUCCUACCCCUGCCCCCCGCGCUAUGCCCCGCUCCCCGGGGCCGAGCAGCCCUAG